AUGGGUAACUGUCUCACUAUUGUAUCUGUAUUCCUGUGUACCAAACUGAGAACCAAAACCAAUAUCUUCGUAGUCAAUCUGGCAUUCGGCGAUUUGAUGAUCUGCCUGUUUAUUCCUAUAGAGGUCUUGGCUCUCCUGUCGCCCGGUGAACCACCAGUACCAGAUAUUCUUAAAACCAUGCUAGCAAUAGUGUUAACGGUAUCAAUAGCUAGUACAAGACAAAUAGCUGCCGUCGUAGAUGAAGUCCAAGCGGCAACUCAUGAUCAGCCCCCAAUAGCCCUUGAACAUAGGAACCACGAACCGGCUGCGAGGCAAGAACGUCCCAAUCAGAUGGCGGACAACAGAUUUCGGGCUCGUCAAGUCAAGGUCACAAAGAAUUUGGCUCUCGUUACUGUGGUGUUCCUCCUGUGUUUUCUGCCUUUUCCUAUCGCUGCCAACAGUUCCAAUCCACAUCUACUUACAUUUGGCAUGUUUGUGGUUUGGAGUAACUCUGCAAUGAACCCGCUCAUCUACGCGGCCAAACAUGCAGAUUUUCGGAAGCAUGAUAUAGCAGAUAUCAAUUCGGCGUUAUCUGUAACACCUAAUGAUCUUUUCGAAAAGGAGGAGACGACGUAA